AUGUCGGAGUCAUCCAGGACCAUUAACCACAAGCUCAACGAGCUCUUGAGCAAAAAUAACAUCACCAAGUCCAAACUCGACUCGGCUACCGCCAUCAACUAUGCCACUAUACUCCGUGCAAACAUCCUUGGAAAGGAUAAGCAGGAGAAGGUCAACUCCAUCGUGGUUUUGGCCAAGCUUCUCGACUGUAUAAUCGGCGGAGAGGCUGUUUCGAACGAAUUUUCCAUCAUCUUGGACCACACCUUGUUCACCACCCUCUUCUCCAUAGUCAGUACCAACAUGUCCACUGAAACCUACAAGGCCAUCUUGAAGAUCUCGGUCAUUUUGAUAUCUGGCACUAUUUUUAAGACCAAGGAGGAAUCCAUCGACAAAUACCUUCCAUUGUACGAGUCGUUGAUUGAGUACUUGGAUGUCAUUGACAUCAUCACUCAAAAAUUGUACUUGCAGGACAACAAAAUCACUUUCAAUUCUAUUAAGUUGGUUACCGAUUUGAUCAACCGGGCUUUGAAGUUCGAAUACUCAGGAAUCAUCACUUUGGCUGGUAGAUUGAAGCACGUCACCUUCUUCUCCACCGUUGGUAACUUAAUUGAAACAAACGACAAAGUCAUUUUGGAGGCAAUUGUCCACCUUAAGACCUCGUACUAUAACUUAAACGAGUUUUUGAAUGCCACCAAUUUUGACUUAUCUAUCAAGUCACAUCAAGUUAUGUUGAAUAAUUUGUUCAUCUUCUUGGAGGUUUCGUUGAACGAGUAUGGUACUUUGGCUACUACUGAUGAGUAUGUCAAAGCUGGUUUCACCGAUAACCCCAAAAAGUUUGUGGUUGACAAUUUCUCCAUUUUGCUUGCCAUGGAUCUUAAGAUUUUCCUUAAGGAUCCAAAUUUCACAUUCAAAAAGAGAUUUCAUGAGGAGUUGAUGAUGAGUGACCAUUCUAGAACUUUCCCAUUAUAUUUGUUCAUCGACAGAUGUACUGAAAUGUGGAUCGAAAUCUUCCACAAGAGAGAAAGUUACCCAUUUAUUUACGAGAGUAUCUUGUCAUGGGAACUCAUGAUUUAUUUCACUAUGAACAACUGUCUUAUCUUGUGGCAGGAAACUAAAGCACAGUUGGAAAACGCAUCUGAUGUGGAUAGAAUUUUGGACUUGUUGAAGUCUAAUGUCGACUCUUUAGAGCUUGAAAUGAGUUUCAAGCAGAAGUCCAUCGAAGAGUGCUUGGAUAUAACUUCUGGAUCAACCAGUGAACAAAUGAGACAUUCACAAGUUCAGAAGAUCAAGGAGCUCCAUAAACUGAAGUGGAAUGGUAGAUUCAGCGAAUUCAACAAAGAGUUAUCCAAGGAAGUUUUGGACUUUGUAAGUGAACAAAGAGUCAUACAGUUAUUAAAGGGUUCUUGGGUUUAUACUGAGCAGCAUGGCGAGUACCUCUUGAGAACUAAGGACAGGAAGCCAGCCAAUCAAAAGUACUACUUCAUCACUUUAUCGCCAAAUAGACAGAUGGUGUACUACAAAGCAUUUGUUGAAAAGCCUUUAGUGAACCCAACUUAUGAGGAGAUGGAAACUCAGUUUUUCAAGUUGUCUGAUAUUUCUGAGCUUCAAUCCACCAAAAUUGGAGAACAUGUCGGUGAAGAAGAUAAGAGAAAGCAUAGUAUGUUAAUUUCCAUCAAGGGUACCAUUUCUUAUGAAAAAAUCACUCUUGUUGGCGAAGGAGGCAAGAGAUUAUUGAGUUUCUACACUGAUACGCAAGUCAACAAAUAUGUUUGGUUGGACGGAUUGAAAAUGUUGAAGGGACACAUCAACCAAGGACAGUUAUCUACCGAAACCGAAAAGCAAUUGGAGUACUUGAUUGAUAUAAGAAGAAAUACUCAAUUGUUGCCAUUGGAAAACAAAAAGAUCCAAUUAGAAGAAGAUUUAGAUUUGGGAGAUGAUGAUGAGUUUUAUGACAUAGAUGAAUUGAUGUCUGUGACUGAAAACUAUCAUUACAGGUGA